CGGCCCUCGACACCUGGUGAUGGGCGCGCUGUGAAACUGGUCCCCUCUCCCGGGAGCGUACUGCCCGAGGCGGCCGCCGAGCGACGGGGGAUUCGGGCCGCGGCCCUCCCUCCCUGCGCGGCCCCUCCCACCUCUUGUGCCCGGGGCUGCCACCGCCCGGCGUCGGAGCUCGUCCCUCACGCGCGGCGCCUCCGCCCUCGGGGUCUAUCCCGCCGUACUCGGCGGGCGGCGGCGGCGGCGGCGAGAGCUGAGCCGUCUUCUCAUUCGACGCAUCCGCUCGCCCGGGAACCGGCCCCGCGCCCUGCUCCUCAUGACUGCGGCGCCUCUGCUGCCCCAGCCCUACCGGCCGCCGCUCGCCGCAGGAUGGAUGCGGACUGUGCGACGCUAACCGUGGCUGCGCCCCCGACGAGCCCGCCCCGUGAGCCGCAGCAGCCUCGGUGCCAGCCGCAGCCGGACCCAGAGCCCCGCGUUGCCCUCGGGGCACCUUGUCAGUACUGAGCCCGAGUCCGGGCAGCCCGGAGCCCUGCCGCCAGUUCGCGGCUCCUGCGGGCCUCCCUCCCUCCCUCUUCAUUCACAAAUCCGAGCCCGCUCUCUUCACUCCAGUGGACCCACCAUGUCGGGCGGUGCGGCCGACAAGCCGAGCGGCACUUCAGGCUUCCUGUCGCCGCCGGCGCCGGUCCCCAAGAAUGGCUCGAGCUCCGAUUCCUCCGUGGGCGAGAAACUGGGGGCCGCGGUGAGCGACGCUGGAAUUGGCAGGACCGAGGAAUACCGGCGCCGCCGCCACACUAUGGACAAGGACAGCCGUGGGGCGGCUGCCACCACCACCCCCACGGAGCACCGCUUCUUCCGCCGGAGCGUCAUCUGCGACUCCAAUGCCACCGCCUUGGAGCUGCCCGGUCUCCCUCUCUCUGUCCCCCAGUCCGUCCCCUCGGCGGUGCCCCAGAGUGCUCCCGCCGAGCCUCACCGAGAGGAAACUCUGACCGCCGCCGCCUCCCUGGUGGCCCAGCAGCCCCCAGCCGCAGCCGCCCCGGGGGAGCAAACCGUCGCCUCCUCUGCCACCUCGACUGGCCCUGGCAGUACCAGCAAAGAGCGCCCCGUGUCCCAGCCCAGCCUUGUGGGGAGCAAAGAGGAGCCCCCGGCCGCCCGGAGUGGCAGCGGCGGCGGCGCCAAGGAGCCGCAGGAGGAGCGCAGCCAGCAGCAGGAUGAUAUCGAAGAGCUGGAGACCAAGGCCGUGGGCAUGUCCAACGACGGCCGCUUCCUCAAGUUUGACAUCGAGAUCGGCAGGGGCUCCUUCAAGACGGUCUACAAAGGUCUGGACACCGAAACCACCGUGGAAGUGGCCUGGUGUGAGCUGCAGGAUCGAAAGUUAACAAAGUCUGAAAGGCAAAGAUUCAAAGAAGAGGCUGAAAUGCUAAAGGGCCUUCAACAUCCCAAUAUUGUUCGAUUCUAUGAUUCCUGGGAAUCCACAGUAAAAGGAAAAAAGUGCAUUGUUUUAGUGACUGAACUAAUGACAUCUGGAACACUUAAAACGUACCUAAAAAGGUUUAAAGUGAUGAAGAUCAAAGUUCUAAGAAGCUGGUGUAGGCAGAUCCUUAAAGGACUUCAGUUUCUUCACACUCGAACUCCACCAAUUAUUCACCGGGAUCUUAAAUGUGACAACAUCUUUAUCACUGGUCCUACAGGCUCAGUCAAGAUUGGAGACCUUGGUCUGGCAACUUUGAAACGGGCUUCUUUUGCCAAGAGUGUAAUAGGUACCCCAGAGUUCAUGGCCCCUGAGAUGUAUGAGGAGAAAUAUGAUGAAUCCGUUGAUGUUUAUGCUUUUGGGAUGUGCAUGCUUGAGAUGGCUACAUCUGAAUAUCCAUACUCAGAGUGCCAAAAUGCUGCGCAGAUCUACCGACGAGUGACCAGUGGAGUGAAGCCAGCCAGUUUUGAUAAAGUAGCAAUUCCCGAAGUGAAGGAAAUUAUUGAAGGAUGCAUCCGACAAAACAAAGAUGAAAGAUAUUCCAUCAAAGACCUUUUGAACCAUGCCUUUUUCCAGGAGGAAACAGGGGUACGGGUAGAAUUAGCAGAAGAAGAUGAUGGAGAAAAGAUAGCUAUUAAAUUAUGGCUGCGUAUUGAAGAUAUUAAGAAAUUAAAGGGAAAAUACAAAGACAAUGAAGCUAUUGAGUUUUCCUUUGACUUGGAGAGAGAUGUACCAGAAGAUGUUGCUCAAGAAAUGGUAGAGUCUGGGUAUGUCUGUGAAGGUGAUCAUAAGACAAUGGCUAAAGCUAUUAAAGACAGAGUGUCAUUAAUUAAGAGGAAACGAGAACAGCGGCAGUUAGUGCGAGAGGAGCAAGAAAAAAGAAAACAGGAAGAGAGCAGUCUUAGACAACAGCAAACUGACCAACAAUCAAGUGUUUCACAGGCAGGAAUCCAGCAGCUCCUUUCUACUAGCACUGGCAUACCCACUGCUCCCACCACUUCUGCUUCAGUUUCUACACAAGUGGAGCCUGAAGAACCCGAGGCAGAUCAACAUCAACAGCUACAGUACCAGCAACCUAGUAUAUCUGUGUUGUCUGAUGGAACAGUUGACAGCGGUCAGGGCUCAUCUGUCUUCACAGAAUCUCGAGUGAGCAGCCAGCAGACAGUUUCUUAUGGUUCCCAACAUGAACAGACGCCUCCUACUGGCACAGUACCAGGGCAUACAGCUUCUAGUGUCCCAGCACAGUCUCAGCCCCAUGGCAUAUAUCCACCCUCAAGUAUGCCUCAGUCCAUGGCGCAUCCGUGUGGGGGGACCCCAACAUACCCCGAAUCACAGAUAUUUUUCCCAACUAUUCAUGAACGUCCAGUUUCUUUUUCACCACCUCCCACCUGUCCACCGAAAGUAGCCAUUUCCCAACGGCGUAAGAGCACCUCCUUCCUGGAAGCCCACACUCGCCACUUCCAACCCCUGCUGAGGACUGUUGGCCAAAAUCUUCCACCUGGUGGCAGCCCAACUAACUGGACACCAGAGGCCGUAGUUAUGUUGGGUACUUCAGCCAGCAGAGUAACUAGAGAGCUAUAUGAGAUGCAGGUCCAUCCUGUGUUUGAGCCAACUCAAAUUUACAGUGACUAUAGACCUGGACUAGUACUGGCAGAAGAAGCUCACUAUUUUAUUCCUCAGGAAGCAGUGUAUCUAGCUGGGGUGCAUUACCAGGCCCAGGUGGCAGGACAGUAUGAGGGCAUUUCAUACAACUCACCAGUACUGUCAAGUCCUGUGAAACAGGUACCUGAUCAGAAGCCAGUGCCAGGGGGCCCUACCUCAAGUUCUGUCUUUGAAUUUCCAUCUGGACAGGCUUUCCUGGUAGGACACCUUCAGAAUUUAAGAUUAGAUUCUGGACAAAGUCCAGCAUCUCCCCUUUCUAAUAUUUCUGCACCUAACAGUACAGAUGCUACACAUUUGAAAUUUCACCCUGUCUUUGUUCCUCAUUCUGCACCAGCUGUGUUAACUCAUAGCAGUGAGAACAGAAGCAACUGUGUAUUUGAAUUUCAUGCUCAGACACCAAGCUCCUCCUCAGGAGAAGGAGGUGGGAUUUUAUCUCAUCGUGUUUACCGAAAUCGACAGGUUGCAGUGGACUCAAAUCAGGAAGAACUGCCUCCUCAGUCAGUUGGAUUACAUUGCCAUCUGCAGCCUGUGACUGAAGAACAACGUAAUAACCAUGUCCCAGAAUUGACCGUUUCUGUGGUAGAGCCUGUCGGACAGAACUGGCCAAUAGGAAGCCCAGAAUAUUCCAGUGAUUCCUCUCAAAUCACUUCUUCAGAUCUCAGUGAUUUUCAGUCACCUCCCCCUACAGGGGGAACAGCUGCACCUUUUGGUUCUGAAGUCUCAUUGCCCUUUAUUCGCCUGCCUCAGACAGUGUUACAAGAAUCCCCAUUUUUCUUCUGUUUCCCCCAAGGAACCACAUCUCAGCAGAUCUUAUCUGCCUCAUUUUCUUCAGGAGGAUCUCCAGUCCAUCCACAGGCACAGGGGCAGAGCCAGGGCCAGCCACCAUCAAGUACCUUAGCAGGGGUUCCAACUUCCCAAGCCAUCCAACAUCCUCAGCAGCAACAGGGAAUACAGCAGACAGCUCCUCCUCAACAGGCAGCACAGUAUUCACUCCCACAGACAGCAUCAUCCAGUGAGGGCGCUACUGCACAGCCAGUCAGUCAGCCUCAAGCUUCACAAAGUUUGCCUCAAGUCUCAGCUGGAAAACAGGGCUUCCCAUCUCGACUGCCACCACAAUACCCAGGAGAUUCAAAUAUUGCUCCCUCUUCCAACGUGGCUUCUGUUUGCAUCCAUUCUACAGCCCUAGCCCCUCCCAUGCCGACAGAAGCAUUGGCUACACAAGGUUACUUUCCUACAGUAGUGCAGCCUUAUGUGGAAUCAAAUCUUUUGGUUCCUAUGGGCGGUGUAGGAGGACAGGUUCAAGUGUCCCAACCAGCAGUGAGUUUAACGCAACAACCCCCCACUACUUCCUCCCAGCAAGCAGUUCUGGAGAGUACCCAGGGAGUUUCUCAGGCUGCUCCUCCAGAACCAGCUUCAUUAGCACAGUCACAGCCUACUCAGCCUGUCACAUUGGUUUCCUCUGUAGACAGUGCACAUUCAGAUGUUGCUUCUGGUAUGAGUGAUGGCAAUGAGAAUGCCCCAUCAUCCAGUGGGAGGCAUGAAGGGAGAACAACAAAACGUCAUUAUCGGAAAUCUGUAAGAAGUCGCUCUCGUCAUGAAAAGACUUCCCGCCCAAAACUAAGAAUUUUGAAUGUUUCAAAUAAAGGAGACCGAGUAGUGGAAUGUCAAUUAGAGACUCAUAAUCGGAAAAUGGUUACAUUCAAAUUUGACCUAGAUGGUGACAAUCCUGAAGAGAUAGCAACAAUUAUGGUGAACAAUGACUUUAUUCUAGCAAUAGAGAGAGAGUCUUUUGUGGCUCAGGUGCGGGAAAUUAUUGAAAAAGCUGAUGAAAUGCUCAGUGAGGAUGUCAGUGUGGAACCCGAGGGUGACCAGGGAUUGGAGAGUCUACAGGGAAAGGAUGACUAUGGCUUUUCCAGUUCUCAAAAAUUGGAAGGAGAAUUCAAACAACCACUUCCUGCAUCUUCCAUGCCACAACAAAUAGGUGUUCCUACCAGUUCUUUAACACAAGUUGUUCAUUCUGCUGGAAGACGGUUUAUAGUGAGUCCUGUGCCAGAAGGUCGAUUACGAGAAUCCAAAGUUUUCAGCAGUGAAAUAGCAGAUACAGUUGCUGCCUCCACAUCUCAGGGUCCUGGAAUGAACUUAUCUCAUUCUGCUUCAUCCCUUAGUCUUCAGCAGGCCUUUUCUGAACUUAAACAUGCCCAGAUGACUGAAGGACCCAAUACAGCACCUCCAAACUUCAGUCAUACAGGACCAGUAUUUUCUCCUUUCUUGGCUAGCGUUGCUGGUAGCCCAACCGUAGCAGCCACCAAGCCUUCAGUAUCAGUCCCUGUAACAAGCAGCCCUCUUAAUAACAUUUCCACCUCAGUAAUUCCGUCUGAGGUUACUGUGCCCACUGAAAAAGGCAUUGCUAGAGUUAGCACAAGCACAGGUGUGGUAGCUUCAAGUGGUCUCCCUAUAGUGUCUGUGUCUGAGUCACCAACACUUUCCAGUAUGGUUUCAAGCACCACAGUACCUGCAGUUGUCACAAUGCCUACAACAUCCCAGCCAGUUCAGGCUUCCACAUCUGGGAGUAUUGUUUCCAGUACAAGUACUUUUCCUUCUGGAACAGUUUCAACAACUUCAACUCCUACAGUGGGUAGUGUGGCUGCUCCAAAUGCUAAUCCUCCAGCUUUAUUAUUACAACAGGUAGCAGGCAGUACUGCUGGGGUAGCUAUAGUGACGCCUGUCUGUACCACCACACCAUUCCCAAGCUUAGCUUCACAGCCAUCACUACAGCUCAGCAGUAGCACCUCUGCUCUUACUUUAGCUGAAACAGUGGUGGUUAGUGCACAUUCGCUAGACAAAACAUCUCAUAGCAGUACAACUGGAUUGACUUUGUCUUUCUGUGCACCAUCUUCCUCUUCCUCUCCUGGAAUAGGAGUGUCAAGUUCUGUUUCUCAGCCUGGUGUAGUACAUCCUUUGGUCAUCUCAUCAGCUGUAACUUCUACACCUGUCCUUCCCCAACCACCAGGACCUACUUCUAUGCCUUUAUUACCCCAAGUACCUAGUAUCCCACCCUUGGUACAACCUGUUACUAAUGUGCCUGCAGUACAGCAGACACUCAUUCACAGUCAGCCUCAACCAGCUUUGCUUCCCAACCAACCCCACACUCACUGUCCAGAAAUAGAUGCUGAUACCCAACCCAAAGUUCCUGGAAUUGAUGACAUAAAGACUCUAGAGGAAAAGCUGAGGUCUCUCUUUAGUGAACACAGCUCAUCUGGAACUCAGCAUGCUUCUGUCUCACUAGAGACAUCCCUAGUAGUAGAGACCACGGUCACACCAGGCAUCCCUACCACUGCUGUUGCACCAAGCAAACUUAUGACUUCUACUACGAGUACUUGCUUACCACCAACUAGUUUGCCAUUAGGAACAACUGGUUUACCAGUUAUGCCAGUGGGCACACCUGGGCAAGUUUCUACCCCCAGCACCUAUGUUUCAGCUCCAGUCUGCACUGCAACGGGAGCAAAACCUGGCAUUACUCCCUCAAAGCCAUCUUUAACUAAGACUAUGGUGCUGCCAGUGGGUACUGAACUUCCAGCUGGUGCUCUACCCUGUGAGCAGUUGCCACCUUUUCCUGGACCUUCUCUAACUCAGUCUCAGCAACCUCUAGAAGAUCUUGAUGCUCAGUUAAGAAGAACACUUAGUCCAGAGAAUAUUACAGUGACAUCUUCAGUUGCUCCUGUGUCCAUGAUGGCUUCAACAGCAGUUACAGAAGCAGGAGUACAGCCUCAAAAGGAUGUUUCUCAAGGUACUGAAGGUCCUGUCCUAGCAACUAGUUCAGGAGCUGGUGUUUUUAAGAUGGGGCGAUUUCAGGUUUCAGUUACAAUGGAUGAUGCCCAGAAAGAGGAUAAAAAUAGGUCAGAUGAUACAAAGUCUGUUCAUUUUGAGUCUAGCACAUCAGAGUCAUCAGUGCUAUCAAGCAGUAGUCCAGAGAGUACACUGGUGAAGCCAGAACCUAAUGGUAUAACAAUCCCUAGCAUCUCCUUAGAUGUGCCAGUCAGCGCCCACAAAACACCUGCCCCAGAAGCAAAGUCAGAAACAGCACAGCCUACCAAGGUUGGACGUUUUCAGGUGACAACUACAGCAAACAAAGUGGGUCGCUUCUCUGUAUCAAGAACUGAGGACAAGAUCACAGAGGUCAAGAAAGAGGAACCAGUGACCUCUACCCCUUUGAGAGAUUCAGAACAAACCAUUCUUCCUGCCGUGAUACCAAAGAAAGAGAAGCCUGAGCUGGUAGAAUCUUCCCACCUGAAUGGGCCAUCUUCUGACCUGGAGGCUGCCUUUCUAAAUAGGGGUGCAGAUGAUGGCUCAGGUAGUCCGCACUCUCCCCCUCACCUGUGUUCAAAGAGCCUUCCCAUCCAAAAUCUAAGUCAAAGCCUUAGUAAUUCAUUCAAUUCCUCUUACAUGAGUAGUGACAAUGAAUCAGACAUUGAAGAUGAAGACUUAAAAUUAGAACUGCGACGGCUACGAGAAAAACAUCUUAAAGAGAUUCAGGACCUGCAGAGUCGCCAGAAGCAUGAAAUUGAAUCUUUAUAUACCAAGCUGGGCAAGGUUCCCCCUGCUGUCAUCAUUCCCCCAGCUGCUCCCCUUUCAGGGAGAAGAAGGCGACCCACUAAAAGCAAAGGCAGCAAAUCUAGUCGCAGCAGUUCAUUGGGCAAUAAAAGCCCACAGCUUUCAGGUAACCUGUCUGGUCAGAGUGGAACUUCAGUCUUACAACCCCAGCAGACCCUCCAUCCCCCAGGCAACACCCCAGAGACUGGGCACAAUCAGCUGUUACAGCCUCUUAAGCCAUCUCCCUCCAGUGACAACCUCUAUUCAGCCUUCACCAGUGAUGGUGCCAUUUCAGUACCAAGCCUUUCUGCUCCAGGUCAAGGGACCAGCAGCACAAACACUGUUGGGGGAACUGUGAGUAGCCAAGCCGCCCAGGCUCAGCCUCCUGCCAUGACUUCCAGUAGGAAGGGCACAUUCACAGAUGACCUGCACAAGCUGGUAGACAACUGGGCCCGAGAUGCCAUGAAUCUUUCAGGCAGGAGAGGAAGCAAAGGACACAUGAAUUAUGAGGGCCCUGGAAUGGCAAGGAAGUUCUCUGCUCCUGGACAGCUGUGCAUUUCCAUGACCUCAAACCUGGGUGGCUCUGCCCCCAUCUCUGCAGCAUCUGCUACCUCUCUAGGUCACUUCACCAAGUCCAUGUGUCCCCCACAGCAGUAUGGGUUUCCAGCUGCCCCAUUUGGCACUCAGUGGAGUGGAACAAGUGGUCCAGCACCACAGCCACUUAGCCAGUUCCAGCCUGUAGGAACUGCAUCCUUGCAGAAUUUCAACAUCAGCAAUUUGCAGAAGUCCAUCAGCAAUCCCCCAGGUCCCAACCUGCGGACCACUUAGACCUGACGAUGUCCACUGAGUAGAUUUGGGGGGCAGGAGAUGGAAUGCUGAGGGGUGGGGGGUGGGGGAGUAGCCUAUAUACUAACUACUAGUGCUGCAUUUAACUGGUUAUUUCUUGCCAGAAGGGAAUGUUUUUAAUACCAUUUUGAGCCCUCAGAAUGGAGAACCUCCCUCCCUCUCCAUUAAUUGGGGUGGGACAAGAAGGAGCAACUUACUUAUGGAGGGGCCGCCUGUGACUGCUUUCCUUUUUCUCUACCCACCAGUGAGGCCUAGGGCUAAAAGAGAACCUUGUUACCAGAAAGCUCUAAGAGCUCAAUGUAAACCAAGCUGUCUGUGUUUGAGUAGAGCUCUUAAUUGUGACAAUAUGCCCCAAAUUCUUUACUCCCUCAAGAGUUCACACCUGAAGGCAAAAAGGUUCUCUCCCACUCUGAUCCCCAUCACCAUUUUUUUUUCCCUUUACAA